UAUAUCUACAGUUUUCAUCUCUGGCUCGUGUUGUUUUUGUAUAAUCUUAGAACAGUGAAGGGGGAGAGAGAUUUUUCUGGGGGGUGUGAGGGAGAAAAAUAGGGUCCGAAUCGAGAACUUAGGGUUUUGCUGGGAUUUGGAGAGGGAUAACGGAGGAACGUGAAAUUAGGGUUUCGUUUGUUCUUGAUUUGGGGGAAAGGAGGUGAUUUUGAAUCCUGGAUCAUUUGGAAGAGCUUGAUAGAGAUCGGUUUGUGAGUCAGGCAAAUUAAUUUUACUGCCAAUGGCUGAUAGAAGAGCUGGCAAACGUUCGAUUAAUCGGAGAGGCGUUUCAAAUGCGGACUCUGGAACAUGUAAUGUUUGUUCUGCUCCUUGUUCAUCGUGCAUGCAUCGUAACGUAGGUGUCACAGGAUCAAAAUCGGAUGAGUCGUCUGAUGAGAAUGGGCAUGGAGUUGCUGGGAGCCAGUGUUCUGUGAACGAGGACAGUUUGUUGACUUCUGUUGUGGUUAAUUCUCGCAAUGGUUCGAAAAAAACUGCGAGUGAGGCAAGCAACUUUGUUUGUUCUAGUAAUGAUGCUCUCUCUGAGAAUGCUGAGAGUAGGGAAACAAUCGGACGUUCUGGGAAAUCUGAUGGUUCCGGGGUUGCUGCAUUGAUGUCGAAGACAUCUUCUUCUGGGAGCAGGAUGAAACAUAAAGUGUCUGCAUCAGUUGAUGUGUUAGAUCAGACUGACUGUGUAGAGGGCCAGCAAGACGAGAUAAAUAACAAGGAACAGUCUGUUGAAGGAUCUACUCCUUCUGGCCAGAAAGGGAAGAAUGGGAAGUCAAGUAGAAGCGAUUCCAAAUCAGAUGAGUCGGUCUCAUCAGUUAUGUCUGAGAGCGAGAGCGAUGAUGCUGAGGUGGAACAUGAUGUAAAAGUUUGUGAUAUCUGUGGUGAUGCGGGUCGUGAAGAUCUACUCGCUAUUUGCACAGGAUGCAGUGAUGGUGCAGAACACACCUACUGCAUGCGAGUAAUGCUCAAUGAAGUUCCAGAGGGUGAUUGGCUCUGUGAAGAAUGUGAGGAAGCUGAAAAACAGAAGCAAGAAGCUAAAAGAAAAAUAGAAACUGAGAUAAUCCACAGUCCACAAAGCUCGGGAAAGAGGCAUGCUGAUAAGAUUGAGGCAGCUCCAGAUGCUAAAAGGCAGGCGGUUGAGGGUUCAACUGGGUCACCCAAGAAAUCUAUUCUCCCCAGAAUAGGUCCGCUAUCUCGGGAAACAUCAUUGAAGGGGUUAGACAGGCCAAGGGGAAAGCUAAGUCAUCAAGCAUCUUUCAGUAAUACCACAGAAGGUGCACGAUCUACUGGUUUACAGCUUCAACCUCCAAAAGGUGCAUUUUUAAAAUCCAGUUCCUUCAAUUCUUCAAGCUCGAAACCGAAAGUGCAACUCAUGGAUGAUGUUAUUCUCCCAAAAAAGAAGACUGGGAAAGAAUACACUCCUGUGGAUAUAAAGGAGGGAGGUCUUGGAAUUGUAAGCAAAUCAAUGUCAAGUAGAACAACAGACACUGGGAGUUCUAGUGGAAACGACUCGGAAGCAAAAAUCCUUGCGUCGAAAGUUCAUUCACAAGAAGGCAAGAGCUCAAAGCAACUGAAAGAUCGCAGUGCAGAAGCUAAUGCGUCAGCAGCCUCCACCGAUCAGAAGCUUACUCCACGCAGCAGUACCCGUGAUUUGAAGGGUUUGCAGUCUGAUGGUAAACGAUGUAGCUUGACUAAGCAAGUUAGCAAUCUAAACCGGAACCGUCUAGAAAAUCCUAUUGCUUCUGGAGGCAAUUCCCGCGAGCAAAGUGUAAGUCAAGCUGACUGUAAGGAUGAACUGACAUCCACAUCCUGUGCGGGUGAGGGUGUUCCAAGCAACGGUAACGUAGCUUCGCAGGAUGGAUUGCCACGGUCCAGGGAAUUUAAAGAGGUAGUAAAGAAAAGCAAAGAAGCCUUAGGUAAGCGCCAAAGGUCUAGCCUGUUAUCUGGUGGUAAAGGCUUAUCAUCAUCUCAAAAAGGAGGCCAGACUGCAGAGUCUAGUGACACCUCAGGCGUUUCUGAUAGUGAUCCCUCUACCACAAAAAUUGUUCGGGAGGAUAUAAAUAAGGGUAAUAGGCUGCGGGCAGCAGUAGAUGCUGCUCUCCGUAAAAAGCCCAGCUUUAGCAAGAACCGAGUAUUGGAGCAAUGUGAUGCAGCUUUGGCAUCUAAUGUGCAUCCUGAUAAAACUUUACGAGAUCAAUUGCCAUCAAAGAUGCAUACGACUUCAUGGCCUGCUCCUGACCCGUACAAGCAGACAAUUGUAACAAAUGGGAAGCAGCUUGUACCCUCUGGUGCUGAUGCGAUGCCUCCACGAUCUGUGGAGCUUGAAGUUAAUACUCCCUCUGUGAAGCCUGUUAUGAGAGAUUGGCCAAUAGUAUCCCCACUUGCUCCGUUGAGAAACUCAGCCAUUCCAGACCAUGAGUCUAUAUGGCAAGGAAACUUGGAGGUGCGGAAAGCUAGAGAACAAUCAGCUAUGCAUAGCGGAAUGCAAGCACAUCUAUCAACCUUAGCAUCACCCAAGGUUGCUGAAGUGGUGAAUAAAUUUCCAGAAAAGUUUAGCUUGAAUGAAGUACCUAGGCUAAGUACAUGGCCUGCACAAUUUCAAGACAUAGGUACUAAAGAAGAUCAUAUAGCUCUAUUCUUCUUUGCGAAGGAUGUUGAGAGUUAUGAGAGAAAUUACAAGCCCCUGGUAGAUAACAUGAUGAAGAAAGAUUUAGCCCUGAAAGGAAACCUCGAUAAUGUUGAGCUUUUGGUUUUUGCAUCCAACCAGCUUCCUCCGAAUUUCCAACGUUGGAACAUGUUAUAUUUCCUUUGGGGUGUAUUCCUAGGAAGAAAAGAGAUUUGUACAAACCCACAGAAGAAUCCAUCUUUGCUUGCUUCGAAUGUUUUGGCGCGUGACCAAGAUCCCAAUGACUUUUGCCAAACAAGUUAUCCUUCCAAGCGUUUGGAGAAAGCGUCUCAUCUGCGUGAGAACCCACGCAACAUAAAUGAAACUCAAAAUGGGGUAGAUGUAUCUAGCCAUGAGAAUCCAAGUGACAAAGAAUCCUCUAUUGAGCGAUCAUCGAACACAAAGGAGGAAAUUGCUCCCAAGGAGGAAGAACCAGGUGCAAAUCAUAUAUCUCGUCAAGAUAAUGGAUCAAACUCUGGAGAUAGCCUAGUGAAGAAGGUUCAGCAACACAUUGAAGAUCAAGAAUCAGGUGGUAGAAAGGAUGUGCCUAUGACUGUCACGGACUCAGAGAUUCCGCCCCACGACCAAGGCAAUCCUCUAGAGAAAGAUCUCAACUGUAGUCAGGCUAGUGACAGGAAGCGUCCACUUUGGGAAGUGACAAGACCUGCCACCGUGAACCAGAAAGUGGAGCUCAGUAAUGAACGUUUAAGAGAAGGAUCUGCUAAUAAAAAGCUAAAGACAGAAAACGAAAGCAGCAGCAGCAGCUUUUCACAAGAUACAUUUGGUAAUGAUUCAGGGAUGAUGAAGAAGAGUCCCAAAGUGGUAUUCCCUUUGGACUUGAAUGCGGAAAGAGAAGAAGAAGAAGAAGAAGAAGAAGAAGAAGAAGACAUGGAACUAGUCGAUGAUCUCAUUCCACUUGGCAAUAACAACAACAAGCAUAGUGGGAGAUUAAUAGGUACAGUUCCGGAUCUGGAGCUGGCAUUAGGAGGUGAAGAAACAAGGGAAGAAGAAGAAGGGACUAUGGGACUAUUGCCUUUCUUAGCCGGAAGAAGCAACUCUGGAGGAGAACAAAGUAGUAGUCAUCAUAGUAGUAAAGGAAAAGAGAAGGAAGAAGAAGAUGACAUGGACGUCUCAGCUUCUCUGUCGUUAUCACUGUCGUUUCCGGGAGAGGAAAGGAAGAAUGCUGAUAAGACUCCAUUGUUUCUGUUCAGAGACCUUCCCAGAUAAAAAAAAAAGUUUAUCGUAAGUUUAUAUUUGUUAUGAGUGUCCUUUUUAGUUCUUUUACAAGACUACAACGACAUAAAAAUCACAGGUUUUUGUAUAUAAAAAAUGGUGAUUGGAA